AUUUUUCGUGUGCUUCUCACCGCAACAGACUGCGCUGCAACAUGCACCGCCCUUGAUUGAGUUCCAUUCUCGUGCCCUUUGGCACCUUAGACGAGGUACAGACAACGACUCAGGAACAAAUCCAUUUCCCGUUUUAUCUACGUUUUCCCUCACCACAAAGUCGCAACCAUGUCUCGCCCCGAAGAUCUCCUCCCUCCGGACCUGUACUACAACGACACGGCGUCGGCGAAAUACACGACGUCGUCGCGGAUCCAGUCGAUCCAGGCCUCGAUGACCCAUCGCGCGUUGGAGCUCCUCGACCUCGAUUCCCCAUCGUUCAUCCUCGACGUCGGCUGCGGGUCGGGUCUCUCGGGCGAAAUCCUGUCGGAGGAAGGGCACCUGUGGGUGGGCAUGGACAUAUCGCCGAGCAUGCUGGACAUCGCGCUGCAGCGGGAGGACGUGGAGGGGGACCUGUUCCUGGCGGACAUGGGCCAGGGCGUGCCGUUUCGCGCGGGGGCGUUCGACGCCGCCAUCAGCAUCUCGGCGGUGCAGUGGCUGUGCAACGCCGAGUCGAGCGGCGUGUCGCCCGAGGGCCGGCUGCGGCGGUUCUUCGACGGCCUGUACGCGGCGCUGCGGCGCGGCGCGCGCGCCGUCCUGCAGUUCUACCCCAAGAACGACGCCCAGCGCGCCAUGGUCGCCCAGGCCGCCGUGCGCGCCGGGUUCGGCGCGGGCAUCCUCGAGGACGACGGCGGCACCAAGAACGUCAAGACCUACCUCGUCCUCAGCGUCGGGGGCGGCGACAUCACAGACCGCGUCCGGAACAUGGACAACGUCGACAUCGAGGACGGCAGGAGGGUCAGGGAGGCCAAGAUGACGGCGCACAAGGGCGGCGGCAAGGAGGUCAAGGGCGGCAAGGCCUGGGUCAUGAAGAAGAAGGAGAAGAUGAGGAAUAAAGGCAAAGUGGUCAAGACGGACUCGAAAUAUACCGCCCGCAAAAGAGGGCCCAAGUUUUGAAACCCGUUCAUCAGACUACCACCACCACCCCUACUACUAUUUUCGUGGGCCCUCCACGGACGACAGAACGAACCGGCCGGGCUUGACAUGAGAGUCAACGACUGACGAAACUCCCGCCUUACGAGCUACGAAUUUUAUGCCCUCGACCGACGCUACAUUUGAGAGACCAUGGACGACCCACGCCCGGAGCCUGUGCUGAGAAAACACAGGGCCAACUCUCGUGCAUGUACCUGUGCCGAGCGCGAGUAAGUGCCUAGAGGCGAUUGAUGGUGCCGUGCACAACGACCUGCUCGUCCCGGCGACCAAUCGAAUACAAGUACGAGACUGGCGCAUUCGGUUUCCUGAUCUACGAGGACGACCACCGACGCCAGGCCGAAUGCGACUGCUCAUCGAAAGAAGGAGACCGAAGGCCACUCUCCCGUGCGAGACAAAAGCUGUGCUCGCCAUCCUCUGUGAUGGGUAGGGCGCAGUUUUGAUGUGGAGGAGACUGUGCAACGGAAACCAUGAUAUCUUCGGCGAAUGAACAGAGAUCCAGGAGAUCAGAAUAAAAGAAAGAGAGUGCGUGAGGGAUUGCGAUUCCAACAUCACAAAGCCGAAAAAUUGAUCAUUCGGUUAUUCCAAACGCCUUCUAUUCUAUGGUUGCUUUUUCCAAAACCCCACCUCCAAAAUGCUCCUGUCCAUUGAGACCCUACCGUGAAGACCACCACUGCACGCACAGCCUUGUUUUCAUGCAACCACAACCAGAUUUUGGUACAGCGCCCCCGAAAAUCAAUAUGCGAAGCGACCAAUGACAAUCGCCAGACCGACCCUAUCCAACCACACCAAUGAUGCAAACGAGCUUCCACAUCAAGGCACGAUGAUUGAUUCCUCUCACAGUCCACCUUAAUCGCUUUCCUCUUUGCCGAUACCCUCACUUUGUCCAGGGGAUUGGUGUUCGAAGUUCGUGCCAUCUGAAAGUUCUGGGGCUGCUUGGUCUUCAGCAGAGUCAUGCUCAUUUUCUCCAACAGCAGGGAUCUGUUUCUCUCCAGUCUCCGUGUCGGAUGGGAUGCUUUUUCCAUUCUCGUCGACACGUACGCCACCCCCGACACGAACACUCUUGAGCUGAGCAUAGUCAUCCUCGACCAUGCUGCCCUCAUGUUUCUGCUGAGAGGCCAUCCCCUUGCUCCGGCGCCAGCCUGUUGUAAACACUUUGCUUCCUGAUAUGUCGAACUUUGGCAGUGGAUGAGCCUCCGUAUUGAAAACAACGCUGUCAAGAGGGAAGAAGUCGUCAUCUGAAAAGAGCAGAUAGAAAUACUUGAGCGUCUCGGCCAACCAGAAACUUUCCAUAUUAUCGCGCCGUUUCCUCUCUCGGACGGGGUUCUCCAUUACGGUGUCCAGGGAGGUGUACGCGUACACUUUGCCUGUCAGUUCGUCGACAACCUUGGUGUGCUCGCGGAAGGCUUCGAACAUUUCCCAACCCCAUUGUCGGUACUUCCUAUCCUUGGUGAUGCGGUACAUGUAGAAGAGGGAUUCGAUAGUUUCCGGUCGCUGGAGAUUGUGCACAUCAUUUGAAUGGAUGUCAUAAUCAGAGCGCCAGUCCGCAUCGAUAUCGUCGGAGAGCUCGGCGGCGUGUGGUGGUGUCCAAGCAGGGUCAACAUGUCCCCGCCAUUGUGGAGCAGGAUUGUCAGUAUGGAAAUAGCAUAUCUCGGGCGCGAGCCCAGUCGGUGUAACUUUGUACAUGCCCCAGCACGUCUUCAUCAACUCCUCAGCGAGUUUGAGGUUCUCG